AUGUCUCUUCUCGGAUCCCUUUUUUCAAGCCUUUGGUAUGGCUUCAUGUGGCUCACUGGUGUCAUCAUUGGUGUCAUGAUUUUGUUCAAGGUUCUCUUUAUUAUUUAUUGCAAGUACUUCCCUAAUGCUGAUCUCAAGAAGAGAUAUCAAACUGAAUGGGCUAUGGUUACAGGUGGUAGUUCUGGUAUUGGUGCCAGUUUGGUUGAAAAGUUGUUGAGAGACCAAAAGAUGAAUGUUGUCAUUGUUGCUUUGGAAGACAAGUUGUUGACUGAUUUCACAAAGAAGAUGCAAGAAACAUACAAGGACAGAAAGGUUGUUGCCAUUGGUGUCGAUUUGAGUAAUGAUAACCCAGAAACUGGUUACAUGAAGUCUAUCAUUGAAAAGACCAAGGAUAUUGAUAUUGGUUGUGUUUUCUGUAAUGCUGGUUUCUUCAGAUUGGCUGGUUUUGAUAAGGUCAAUAUUGAAGAUCACAUGAAGCAAAUUGAAUGUAAUACUCUCUCAUAUGUCAAGAUUACUCACCACUUCUUCUGCAAGUUCAAGCAACAAAAGCACAAGAAGCUCAUUUCUAUGACUUGUAGUUCUGUUUCUUACUUCCCAGCCCCAUUCUCUGUCAUGUAUGGUGCUACCAAGUCCUUCUUGAACAGUUUUGCUUCUUCAUUGGCCAUUGAAGGUAUUGCCAACAAUAUUGAUAUUUUGGCUUAUAAUCCUCAAUACACUCGUUCUAACUUGUAUGCCAACUCUCCAAAAUUGAGUGUUUUGGACUUUAUGGCUUUGAUUGGUUCCGAUUGUGAUGAUGUUGCUCAAGAAAUGCUCAACUCUGUUGGUAAGGUUAAUUACAGAGAUCAAGGAUUGUACUCUAUCUUUAUGAAGAUCUUUGGUGGUAUUGUCUUUGACAUGAACUGGUUGUUCCCAUUGAUGGCUAUGGGUGUUUCUAUGGCUCCUGAAUUCAAAAAGUUGAACUAAAUUUUUGUAUUUUAUUG